ACAAUAAAAUAGCCGUCCCGUUAACAGAUUCUAGGGAAUCGAACCAAGGAACCUCAUCUUAGCAAGCCUUCCCUGCUCUCGUCUACGCAAAAGAAACGGAAAGUGCCACGUUGAUUUGCCAAUUUAGGGUUCAAUUACCUGCUUAUAAUGGCUUCUACACAGUGUAAGCACUACCACGAUGAAGAGUUUGACCCCUGCAUUUUAUUUGAAACCUACCUAAAGGAUCCUUCCAAGGAGCAGGUGAUAGACUAUCCUGUUAAAGUUUUCCGUGAUAUACUCUCUUCAGGAAUAGUCAAAGGAGACACUCUGAUAGAACUGAGUGUUACUUCGGCGGCCGUAUUUAGUUUGGUGGCUGCCGAUUACUUCGACAACAUCGUUUUGAUUCAGUCCUGUGAAUCUAAUGAACAAGAGGCACGGAAAUGGUUAAACAAGGAACAUGGAGCCAUGGACCACUCCCACCUUACGGACUUUGUCUGUGGCCUUAAAGGGGAAUGCACAGGGUAUGAGCAACAUGAAGAAAAGACCAGAAGAGCCAUCAAACAGAUUGUAAGAUGGGAUAUUACCAAAGAUAACCCACUGGGUGAUGUUGUGUUGCCCCAAGCAGACUGUGUGCUCAGUGUGGGCUAUUUGGAUGCUGCUAGUAAAGAUCAUGAGAUGUAUCUGAAACUCCUAAAACAAAUGUCCUCCCUUGUGAAGAUAGGAGGUCACCUGAUCCUGUUUUCAGGCUUCAAUAUGACUUUCUUCAUGAUUGGCCAACACAAGUUUUCCACCCUGACAUACGAUGAACCGUUUGUACGAAAAGCUCUGGCCAGCAAUGGGUUUAUUAUAGAGAGAUCUGGGAAAGUAAAGAGCCAACGUACUAAUAAGGGGAUGGAUUAUGAAUAUGUGGCAUAUUUUGUAUCCCGGAAGGACAGAGAGGUCUAAAUGCCUGAAUCACCAAAGAUCAAGUGCUAAUAAUGAUCACAUUGCGGUUAGUUAUUUAGGUUCGGUGAUUAUAGUGAGUAAUAGUUAUAGAGACCUUGAUCCCCUAUAUCUGUGUUGCCGUAGCAGACUACGCAGUGUAAAAAUAGUUGAUUAAGUUUUUCUUCAUGUAGAAUGAAGAGUUUUUAGAAGAAGGAUCUGACGAGAGACCUGAAUUAGUCUUGCACCAUUAGGGAAAUAUUUUUUACUUGGGCGACAAGGUACAUGGUGGAAAAACAGGAGCAAAGAACCAUGUUUUGGCCCCAUGGGUUUUACCAAAUAAUAUUUUUCAGAUGAACCAAGGGACCAUUCGAAUUGCUUAGUAUAGAGACUCACACCAGAGGGCGACAUUGGUCAACCAGGGGUUCUCAACCUUCCUAAUGCCUUGACCCUUUAAUACAGUUCCUCAUGUUGUGGUGACCCCCAACCAUAGAGGAGCGGUGUCUCGAUUCCCAAGACCAUCGGAAAUAUUUGUUUUCCGAUGGUCUUAGGCAACCCCUGUGAAAGGGUUGUUGGACCCACAAAGGGGUCCCGACCCACAGGCUGAGGAAAAAAAGGAAUGUCUCUUCCAGAAUUUUCUAUGAGACAACAGAUAAACAGAAUAGCGGGGGCUGUGUUCACACUGAAAAGUACAGUCGUUAGAAUGUAUUAGUAAGCAAUUGUGAAAAGGGGUGGAUCUAGGAGUUAGCCCUGUGUUCUACUAAUAGUAGCUUAGCCACUUUUUUUAUUUCAAAAGAAUGAAUUUUAAUUUGUUUGCAUUUGUUGUGUGUAAAAUUGAAAAUGUCUGGCUUGUGAAAAACCUGCUUUGAAUAAAACACUGGCCCAUACCUCUUUGGCAUUAAA